AUGGCGUUGAGCACCAUUCAGGCGCCUCAGAAUGGCACCCGGACAGAGACCUCUCUGCUUUUGGGUCUUGGCGCUGCCCUCUACUUGGGCUACUACUGGGCACGUGUGCCCCAGGUGGGUGCGAGUCCGGAGCUCUGGCGGCGGGUUUGGGAACUCGGGUCUAGGCAGCAGCUUCCAGCUCGGGGUUCGAGCCCUUUGAGAGUGAGGUACUUCGUGUUGCGUGAGGCGUCAAGUGGUGACUGGGUCCUGGUGUCUGGCCUUCCUCGAGCAACAGUCACUGUGGAGACUUCCUACCCUACAUUAUGGUGUUUCAAGGGGCAGCUACAAAGCAUCUUCUAGGUCUUACUGCAGUCUCGGCCUCUAGUCCCUUACCACAGUGAAGUCCUCCAAACACCAGAUGGAGGACAGCUCCUGCUAGACUGGGCUGGUCAGUGUGACAGCAGUCAAUACCCUGACCCUGCCAGGCCCAUCGUAUUACUGCUUCCGGGUAUCACAGGCAGUAGCUGGGAGACAUGUAUCUUGCACCUGGUUAACCAAGCUUUAAGGGAUGAUUACAGUGCUGUCGUAUUUAACUGGGGCUGCUGUGGGGAAGAGCUGUGGUGAGGCUUUUGUGCCAGCACUACCAAAGAUCUGGAGACAGCUGUGAGCCACAUGCAGUGCCAGUGCUCCCAAGCUCCUCUGCUAGCCUUGGGAGUCCCUUUUGGAGGGAUAUCAGUGCUGAACUACCUGGCAUGUAUGGGGCAGGCUGCGGGGGGGUAGCAGCACUGACUCUGGGCAUGCUGGGAUUCCUUUGAGACCACCUGCUCCCUGGAGACCCCACUUAACUCACUGCUCUUCAGCCAGUGCCUCACUGUUGGGCUCUGCCAAGUUGUGGACCAAAAUACCAAGGUGAUGUUAAAGGUGGUAAAUGUAGACUGUGCACAGGUAUAGCCCACAGUUCACCAGUUUGAUGAGUGCUACACAACUGGGGCCUUUGGGUAUCAAGAUUGUGUUGCCUACUACCAAGCAGCAAGCCCAAGAACCAAGGUAGAUGCCAUCCAGAUCCCUGUGCUCUGCCUCAGUGCAGCUGAUGACCCCUUCUCCCCAGUCAGUGCCCUCCCCCUACAGGCUGCCCAACACUCUCCUCACGUUGCCCUGCUUGUCACAGCCUGGGGGGGCCACAUUGGUUUCCUGGAAGGGCUGUUCCCCUGGCAGCACAGCUACACAAGCUGCCUCUCCCAUCACUAUGCCAAAGCCAUGCUCCCCCACCCAGCCUAGCUGCUUAGCCUCGGAGCUCCCUCACCUUCUGGAG